GGCAUAACUCAGUUAUGCGCAGACGCCCGUGCGGGAAGGACGUGUUUCCACCCACUCCGUUCUAAAUUCAAAAAUUCGAACGCGCGUUCCAAAAGUGCUCUGUGAACUUGACGUGUUAAAAAAAUCUGUUAAUCGGACAGUGACACAUGCCAACUACACGAGGAUAAAUGCGAUUUGAGCUGGACCAGACGGAAUCUUUAAAGGUGUCAACCGGCUCGAUGACCUGACGAUGUUCAGGACGGGGUCAGCCGAGGGCUCGGGCCCGCGGACGCCGCCCGCCUACGCCCCGCACCCCCCGUACCCGCCCCCGCGCUUCCUCCCCCCGCGCAUCCGCCCUCCACCCCCGCAAUACUGCUUCGACGCAGCCCGCUUCGCCUGCGACGCCUCCAAACCACGAUACCUAGACGUGGAGAGGGAAAGACUAGUCACCCGCUGGCUAGCCGAAGCCAACGAGGCCCUGGUACGAAGAGAUCGCCCGCCACGAUACAAGCCUAGAAGCAGCGAGCGUCGACCAGAGUUCGAAAGACGGCCGAACGUCCCAGAAUGGUCGGACAACUUCCUUCUAGGCCGACGGAACGGCUCCGUCGAGCCUGAAGAUGAGGAGUCGAAUGACAAUAGCCCAUUGAGUUUAAAAGAGUUUGUGGAUAAGUUUUCAUUGCCGCGGGUGGUACGGUUCGAAGGGGAGGACCGGGCGGUGUUGUUGUACCGGGUACUAGAGGCGCAUAGGCGCGUGGAGGCGGUGCCGCUGACGGGCAAGAAGGGCAAGCUGGCCGGCAAGCCGCUCUACAUCCCGGACUCUUAUGAUGGUUGGUUCUCAGCAUGUGGGUGCCGUGGGGGCGCGCUGGCCAGCCCUCGGGGCUCCAUCGCGGCGCUGGUGCGAGCCCGAGCUUACGCCCUUGUGUCUCCACGAGCGAUAUCGGCGUACCGAGCACGGCCAGCGACGGACACAGGGCGAGUGGGGGCGCAGUACGAGCGCGCGGUCUCCCGGCCCGGGACCCCGCUGCGGCUGGCCGGAGUCUUCGCUGACGGCAGCAAGGCACGGGCCCCGAAGUACGCCCAGCUCAUCGACCCGCAAGGAAGUGAGCUGUUCGUGCCCCUAAACACGAAGGGCGAGCUAUACGAAGUCUGUCCCGAGGAGCUGUCGCCAGCGGAGUGGGGCGCGGCGGAGGCGGCGGCGCCCCCGGAGGCAGAGACACGUGCCCACCGCCUGCCGCACCUGCUGGGGCUGUGGCGUCUGCCGCAGCGAGUGAGGCUGAUCGCCGGCACCGUGCCUAUUGAGAUGGCGCAUGACGUUGGAGACGACCUCCUACUGCGAGCGGCGGUGACGGAACCAGUCCUCGUCAUGUGCACGCUGGCGGAGCCCGGCGCGCCCGGCAGCCCGGCCAAGGACCCGCGUCUGCACAAGGAGGCCCUGCAGCUGCUGCCCCUCAACACGCACCUCCGCGUCCGCCGCACCCAGCUCGGCUUCGACAGCGAGAAGAGAAUGUUCCUCUCCUCCCGCCUGCAGAAAGCUCUCACCUUCUGUCAACUCAAUGUUGACAACUGGAUCAGGCAGAUCUCCUACGCCAACACCUCCACCCUCGGGAAAGCCAAAACCGCCGAAGAUCUUAUAAGAGAAGACCACGAACCUGUCAAGUUUGAAAAGGAACGCAAGUUCACCCUGCAGGGACUUAAGAUAGAUACGUCUCGGCUGUUUGGGAAGAGCGAGAGGGUUCUGAAGGAUAUGCCAGAUGAAACUGAAGGCUCUAUCAUAUUUUUAAGUAAAAACGAACUCGAACACAUGAAUUACGACGUCUACAGCGACGAUGAAGCGAAGGAAGAUAAGCACGAAGAGGAAAAAGUUAAGAAUGAAGACCAGGAGCAGUUUUCUAACGAUAAAAUGCACGUCUUCAGGGAAGAUUCCAGUCAUCCAAAAAGAAACAAGUGGUUUAAGAAUUUGAAACUGCUCAAGAGCACUGAAAAAUUAACGGAAGAGAAACUUACGGUGAUUGAGAAUAGUGAAAAGUACAGAGACAUAAAGGAUCCAUUUGACCCAUUAGGUGAAAAACAUAGUUCUAUAGAAAGGUACCAAGAUAUGGCUAAACUUAUUGAAGACAGAUUUGGAGCUUCAAGGAAGAAUGAUGGGACAGCUGAAAAAAGUCAUUCUUACAAAAGCUUGACGACAUCUUCCUCGGAAAUGGGAACAAGCCACUGCAGUUCUAAUCCUAAGAAACAAGUUUUGACUAAAUCUGUGUCGGUGCAAACUGGGAUACCCGAUAGUCCGUACACUGAAGAUAGUGGGAUCAAUAUGAAACAUGGACGCAAAAACCUAAGUGUUGACCAGAUAAACUACUGCGGCUCCAUGGAAAGUGACUCAAGCUCAGGCAGGAAACUGAAGUCCCUUGACGAAAAUAUGUUAAAGAAAUCUGCUGCCAGCAAGUCCUCUACAAAUCUUGAAAGGAGACAGAGGAUACAACCCGACCUUAUACCGGAAAAGGGAAUGGUCAAAUCUGAAUCAUACAAUCAAAUUCAAAGUUGUGAAGAAAUUAACAUGUUUGGAGUUGGUUCUAUGUACAACGAUAGUGAUUUUGAAAUUAACUACAAACAACAUUCAUAUAUUACUGAGAAAUUGUGUUCAGAGUUUCAUGUUAAGACUAAAAAGGUCUUAAGUAAGUCUACAUCAAACCUUCUUCAUCCAAAGAGACCAACAGAAAAGAAAGAUGCUAGUAAUAGCAACAGUAUGCCUACAAAAACAGAGCGAGGUAAUGAUGUUGAUAAACUUAUGAACUUCAGAAAGAAAAUCGACAAACCCCGAGCACCCACCCCUAAAUCUGAAUUAGAAGAAGAAGAAUUGACUGCAGUUGAUAUUUCAGAGGAAGAACCACAAAUCCAAGUGAAGCUGAGAAGGUCUAUAUCAUCAAUUCAGAAGCGUAAACUGCCAGUCAUUGAAGAUUUACCAUACGGUCAAGUUGCUGACGCAGUACAUGUAGAAGAGGAGAAAGAAGUAGAUUCAGAUUCGAGUUCCGAUAACAUUUAUGCAGAAAUAUGCACUCCUAAUGGAAACAAGACUAGUGAUGAAGAACAUUACGAUAGUACUGCAGAUGUACUAGCCAAUGACCCUGUGAUUUCUAACGUUAAAAAAGAAGUAAUUAUAAGGAAUGACGAAAGAGCUAAGCAAAUGAUAGAGAAUCAAGAAAAUCCCUUCAGACACAUUGAGGUCGUUGUUAUAGAAAAGACAACCGACUUUAAUUUAGACAAUUCAAGUGUUACAAGCGAUGAGCUAGAUGAUCUAGGAGGGAGUAAAAACGAUGUAUCCAUAGCCAUAGAUUCGUGGGAGCGGGACAAAAACGUUGUAAAUAGCCCUGAUUCUAAAAUUCAUGCUAUUAGGCUAGAAAUUACCAGUAGCAUGGACGAUUACCCUAGUGUCAAUGAUAGCAAGAGUCAAAGUCUAGAAAGCAGGGAGGUUAGAUUAGCAAAAGACAAUUCCUUAAGUUUUAGUAAUAGCAUACAUUUGAAUGGUACAUAUCCCAACGAGGCCAUCUAUGAUACUUUAAAGUAAUUAUAAUUAGUAGGUAUCUAAGUGUAAAAAAUAGUAAUUUCACACAAUUAUUUGCACGUACCGGAGCGGAGACCUACCAUAGAUACUAGCUAGGUACGAACGAAAUUGU